GUCGAGUCAAGCAGUACAGUUUUACUGUACAUGCAUUGUCAGUGCAUUUACCGCGGGGCAGGAUAGCAUCAUGGCGAUCGUUUUCGAGAAUAUGCGCCUGAGUUCAUUGUCAGAUCAAGGCGAUAUAGCACAGCAAACACAAAAUGUUCUCAAACUUCAAGUAUCCACAAAAGAUGACCAACCUAUCUUUACACUAUAUAAUGGUAACCAACAAGUCUUAACCUUUGACCUUGGUAAGGAAAAUAGUACAACAGUAUGCCGCGCAACCAAACUAGCAUACAUGGUCAACAUCAAGGAGAAUGGUAUUAUACUUCACUUUGCAUCAGAGUUUGAGGUGACAAGAUUUGAGAAGAUUCUUGAAGGAGCCAAGUAUAAUGCAAAGCAAGCAGAUAAGAAAUCGUUGUUUACACAAAGAACGGAUGAAGCCUCGGCUGUGCAGUAUUUUCAGUUCUAUGGGUAUUUAUCCCAACAACAAAACAUGAUGCAGGAUUACAUCAGGACGUCUACAUAUCAGAAAGCCAUGUUAACAAACCAUGAGGACUUCAAAGAUAAGGUUGUAUUAGAUGUCGGUGCUGGGUCAGGGAUCCUAUCGUUCUUUGCCGUCCAAGCCGGAGCACGUAAAGUCUAUGCCAUUGAAGCCAGCUCAAUAGCAGAACAAGCCAAGCAACUCGUCAAAGCCAACAACCUUGGGAACCGCAUCUCCGUGAUCGCGGGGAAGGUGGAGGAGGUGUCAAUACCCGAGCAGGUGGACUUGAUCGUCUCAGAACCAAUGGGGUACAUGCUCUUUAAUGAGAGGAUGUUAGAAAGCUUCCUCCAUGCCAAGAAGUGGCUCAAACCAGGAGGUAAGAUGUUUCCUACUCAAGGAGAUGUUCACAUUGCACCGUUCACCGAUGAUGCUCUUUACAUGGAACAAUUCACAAAAGCAAACUUCUGGUAUCAACAGUCCUUCCAUGGUGUCGAUCUAACUUGCCUCAGAGAAACAGCUCUACAAGAGUUCCUCAGACAACCCAUCGUGGACACAUUUGACAUCAAGAUCUGUCUAGCCAGGACCUAUAAGUACACUGUUGACUUCUUGACAACGAAAGAAAGUGACCUUCACAGAAUUGAAAUUCCUCUUCAGUUCAAGACGCAUCAAUCUGGAGCAGUCCAUGGCCUUGCUUUCUGGUUUGAUGUAGCCUUCCAUGGUUCAUUACAAUCUGUUUGGCUAUCCACAGCACCUACCGAGCCUCUCACUCACUGGUAUCAGGUUCGAUGCUUACUACGGUCACCUAUGUAUGUCACAAAGGGUCAAAGGCUAACAGGGAAGGUCAUACUCAUCGCCAAUGCAAGGCAAAGCUACGACAUCGACCUUGAGCUUGAGUCACCCGGGUCGGAGGUCAAGUCGACCAACAGGUUGGACCUGAAGAACCCCCUCUUCCAUUACACCGGUCAGCAGGUACUACAAGGCGGCGCCCACACCACCUCACCGUCGGAGAGCUACUGGAGCCAGCUGGGCAACGGCAACGCCAUGGAUGCCGGCGGCUCGACCCUGGGGAACGGCUACAGCAACGGACAGGGGCUGAGUACAGGUGUGGUUCAAUCGAUACCUAUUGCUAACACCGAGCCCAUAGCCCACAGUACGGUCCUACCCGGAGGCCUCACACAGAGGCAGUACACCGUGGCCAUCCCGUCCUCCGUGGGUCAGGCAAUGUCGUCUCUAUGCUUCACCAACAGCAGCAACAAUCAAUCCAGCGGGCAUCAAUCCAGCGGGCAGUACCAGCAACAGCAGCAGCAACAACAGCAACAGGGACCACAGGGGCAACAGACGCAGGCCCAGCAGCAUCAGCCAGGCCGGAUGUCGCACAGUUCGUCGGGGAGCAGGCAGGGGGGCCACAUGAUGGUCGAUCAGAUGGGGGGCGUGUACGUAGGCGGUGUCCAACAACAACAUAGGCAUAAUAAAUACGGCUCACAACAAAUGAACUGAUGAUCCGGGGGCCAUCCUUGGAAUGAAUGAACUGAAUUGGCAAUCUUUGAAGCAGCCCUAGUUAAUCCGUUCUUAGUUCCAGUAAACAGCUAGUUAUCGCUGUUGAUCAAUCCGAACUUCAGAAGAGCAGUACAGUAAAAAAGUUUGUUGGUGUAGAGGGGGAGCAGGGAGGUGGCUUGUUAAAGUUAUUACUUAUUUGGUGCCUUUGCAAGAGUUCUGAUUAAGUCUGUAUGCUAAUCAUGCUACAUACUGUACAGAUGCUCCAUUUUUAAAUCUCGCCCUACGAGGUAUAAUUUCAAAAGAAUUGCCAAAUGUUUUGAAAUAUAAUCGUGGAGUGGCUUAGAUAAUGCCCCACCCUCCUGUCAAUAUUAAAUUGAGGGUUAGAACACCUUUGGUAAUAUAGGAAUGAUCAAAAUAGUACAUAAUUUUUUUAAAGGAUUACUCUUUAAUAGUAAUAUUACACAUUUGUUUUUUACAUGGAGUUAUCUGCUUAAAAUCCCAACUCUGUGUAUUUUAAAUGAAAUCAAUCAGAAAAAAUGACCUACAAAAAAAGGUUCCCUUCUCAUUCCUCAAUUUGGCUUCCUCUUUGUAUUCAAACCAAAUCAACCAAACUGACACCUUAUUUCUUCAACAUUCUCUCCUAUCCUACAUGAAAUAUAUAUACGGUAUAUGAGAUGAAGUUAAAUGAAUUUUCUUUCAAAAUUUUACACCAAUGCUUGCUUUAUUUAAUCCUUCAAUAUAAUCUCAACUUAUAUUUCCUUCUUUUGGAGAGCUCAAACUAGGUGUCAAUGCACAUUAUGCUGAGCACUUUUGCUCAGAUGUAAAUAUUCAGUACCAUGUACUACUUAUAUUGGGGAGUUCUUUUUAUUUUAAACCAUUUUUCAUAUAUUCCUAAGUUAUUUGAGUGAUCUGGGAUAUUUUGCAUGGAUUUUUUUGUAGUACUUGAACAUGAAAGAGUAUUUCACUCGUUGAUAACUUUUACAUGUUCCAUGCAGUGGAGAUUGACAUUUUAUUUAUAUUACUGGUACAAGGUUAUCGUUAUAAAUUUCCGCUGUCUUUUGGGGAAAAUGGCCGAUUAUCUGUAACUUUUAUGGCUGUAAGAUAUUAGUGUAGAUAGGUAGUGGUCUAGGAUGGGUUUUUUGGAGUUUGAAUCUGAAAUUUGCACCAUCUGUCUUGUGUGGCUUAUAAGGUAAAUGUAUCCUCCCUUAGAGAUAAAUUGAUUCUAAUGUAUUCCUGUUUUUGAUCACUAAAUAACCCCUCCAAUCUCUAAGCAUGUAGAUGACAGAGUGUAGGUAUAUCUGUUGUAGGGAAUAUUUGCAAUCAUACAUUUUCUUGAUUUACAAUGCCAAUAGAUUCUGUUCAUUUGCAAUCCAAUGAAAUUGGACCUUGCCCAUCCCGCUCAUAAAAUUUCAAUUGAAUAUGGAGAUUAAUAGUGCGGGCGCAACAAUGGGAUUUGAAUUGACAAAGGAUGUUGGAAAUUGCUAUAAUGGGCCUGUUCUAUCCCCUUGGGGCAUUCAGUUAAUAAUGAUCUUCCUUUACACUGUCAAGUAUUUUAUAGUGUGGUGGGCUUUUCUUCAUGUUGUACUCUGGAUGGGGUUAGAGUGUCGUUAAUCGUAUUUUGGAGCCAGACGAGCCUUAAAUCCUAUACUGUAACACGAGUUAAUGCGAUUAUGCCCUUAUGACUCUGAACAAUAUGUGUAAUAUAAAAGUAAAAACACUGAUUGAGGAUAUGUGUAUUCAAGCUGCAGUAUUGUUGGCGAAUUCAACAAUUAUUUUUAUGCCCUCUAUGAUGGCGUUAACAACCGUUUUGAUAUGACAGAAUAGUUGAACAACUGUAGCUAAACUUGUUCCUUCUAAAUUCUCUCUCUCUCUCUCUUUCUCUCUCUCCCUCUCUCUCAUUCUUUUUCUCCCCUAGCCCUUACUUUUCAUCUCUAUUUCCCCAGUGUAUAGUUUUUAGUUUUGUUAAUAGUCCAGUAACA